AUGACCUACUAUAGUAAAAAGAGGACUCAUCAUUGUUGUUAUUGCUAUACCUCGCAACAACCUAACAAACUAUACAAAUUAGAAGAAAAACUUGCUUGCACUGCUUGUUACAAACCAUAUUAUGAAGCCCUUAACCCAGAAAACCCCAGAAGCCAGGAAUAUUAUAAUACAGAACUUG